GUAACAUACACAAAUUCAUCGCAUGCUGGUCUGAACGUGGUAGCGAAGCUGGCUCGGGCGAAGCAAACUUGCGACUUAGCAGCGACGCAACGCAAAGCAGGUGCCUGCUACCAUGGGUAAAGGCGCUUGCUGGAUAGCAGUGCUGGUGCUGCUGGCAGCUACCGGAGGGCGAAGUCAGGACCCGCCAUCCCCUGAGCCCUCGCCUGCGCCUCCCUCCCCCGAACCCUCUCCGCUCCCGCCCUCCCCUACCCCGCCUUCUCCCGCGCCCCCUUCGCCGACGCCUCCAUCUCCUGCCCCUCCUUUACCAGCGGUUACAUACAACUCGGUGUAUGACUACAUAGUGAAGCGACGGACCACCGGGCUCUCCUUCACCUACCAGCUGAUGCAGCUUGCGGCGACCCUGGCACCCGAGCAGGUCGCCGCAAUCAACAACUCUAGCCUGGCAGUCACGGCCUUCUUGCUGUCGGACACUGCAUUCGAUGCAUUCGCGAGGAAAUGGGGCUACGCCAGCACUGCGGCGCUCCAAGUCGCUGGGUUUGGCUCCCCAGCGAUUCAGGCCAGGACGCAGCAGCUGCUGAACUACAUCUAUGUGAACCAGGCGUUCCGCCUCGCUGACCUGCCCAAUAACGCCAGCAACCCUGUUGACAACACCACCACCACCUACUUCAACACGCAGCUCACAGAGACAGGUCUUGCCAGCUACUUUUCCCGAAUAGGCGUGCGCCGGAACACCAACGACAGCCGGCCCCUAGCAGCUCAGGUGGUGGGCAGCACCACUGCGGCGGGCCUUCUGGAGGUGGACGUGCCGGCGGGCGCCGCCUACAUCAACCUGCUGGACCGGGUGCCGCAGUUCUACUGGGACACGCCCUACGACGUGCUGAAGGCGGACCCGGAGUUCUCCACGCUCGUGUCGCAACUGGACAACGUGCCCACCCUGGCCGGCGUCAAGGCGUCGCUGCAGCGGGCCAACCUCUCACAGACCUUCCUGGCGCCCACCAAUGCGGCCAUUGCCAAGUUCGCCGCCACCUACAACACCAGCCUGGAUGACCCGCUGCUGGCGCACACACUGUACAGCUACCUGCGGCUCAACUCGACCAAGGAAGUGGUGUCUACGGACAACAUCACCACCGUCCCGUCUUCCUUGGGCGAUACCGUCACGUUUUCCAAGUCCGGGCAGGCGCCGAUUGUGAAGAGCUUCCAGCCGAACGGCACGUGGGCCAACGUCACCGUGCCCAACAUUCCCACCGGCUUCCAAGUGCGCUCGUUCGUGCACAAGAUUGAUGCGGUCGUAGUGCCGCUGCCGUACACUGCACCGCAGCCAGGGGCCGCGGCCGCCGCCGUGACCUUCGCCUCCAUCUGGGACUACGUCACCUCGCGCCCCGACCUGAGUAUAGUGGUGAUCUCGCUCAAGUCGCUGGGGCAGGAGACGCUGUUGCGCAACGCCUCGCUCGACUACACCGUGUUCGCCCUCACAAACGACGCCUUUGACAACUUCGCCAAGGUCAUCGGGCUGAACGGCACCGCCGACAUCUACCAGCGACCCGACCUGUUGACCGCCGUCAUCGAGACGCAAUGGUACCACAUGGUACCGCAGGUGUUCCGUGUGGGCGACCAGCCGCUCAAUUCCACCUCCUACUUCCAGACGCGUCUGGCCACCGUGCUGGGUAAGGUGGGUAACUACUCCCGCGUGGGCAUCCAACGCGGCGGCGCGGCAGACCCGGCCUUUGUGGUCAGCACAAGCACCACCGCCAACCUGGUGGCUCAGGACAUCCCGGCGGGCGCAGGCUACGUCAACGUGGUUGACAGGGUGCUCCAGUACUACUACGACACCAUGUACGACGCCAUCAAGGGCGAGCCCGACAUGGCCACCCUGGCAACGCAGCUGGACGCCAGCCCCCAGCUGGCGCCCAUCAAGGCGGUGCUCAGCACACCGAACAUCACACGCACCUUCCUGGCGCCCACCGACACCGCUGUGGCCCGGCUAUCGUCUGUGUACGGGCUGUCCAUGAACGACACGUCGUACGGCGCCAACAUCUACGGAUACCACCAGCUGACUGACGCGCGCAACCUGGAUUCCAACUACCCGGGUAGCUCCAGCGCCAUGUCCUCUCUGGGCUGCUGCGCCGUGAACUUCACAGUGACGCGGAACAACGGCACCACCGCAUCCAGCUACCUGCGGGACGGCACGCGAGCCACCGUCGUCUCCGCAAACAUCCCCGUGGGCUUCGGGCCCGUGGCCUUUGUGCACAAGAUUGACCAGGUGCUGCUGCCUGUGUACACGAGCGCCUGGCACUACGUCUCACAGCAGCCUGACCACCGGGCGCUUUCGGCACUGCUGGCGUUGGAGGGCAGCGUGCAGGGCGAGCUGCGCGCGCCCUCGCCGCCGCUGUCGCUGCUGGCUCCCACUGACGCGGCGGUGACCAAGGCCGCCGCCGCCUACGGGCUGACCAACCUCACGCAGCUGCUGACCACCACCGCACUCCAGAAAGCCGUGCUCGCGAACCACGCCCUCAGCGGCUCCUACCCACUGGAGCGACUGAACGGCACCCUCGACACCCGGGCCGGCGCCGGCUACUUGAAUGCCAGCCGCAGCGGCAGCGCCAUCACCAUCACCGCCGCCCGGUCCCAGGCCGUUGUCAUCCAGGCCAGCAGCAACGUCAGCAUUCUGUACGGAAGGGCUUACGUGCACACCGUUGACACCGUGCUACUUCCCAAGGAGGUGCCGGCGCCGGGGGAUGGCGGCGGUGCCGGCUCCACAGCCCCAUCGCUGCUGGCGCUGCUGCUAGCGGCGGUGGUGGGCCGGGCGACGACAUGGCUGCUUGCAUAACUCUCAACGAGUGUCGUAUGCCAGUGGAUGUGGGAUUUCUCCUAGUACUCAUGACUACUAGCCCACUGGGCGGCGGAAACGUUCAUCAUCUGCAUCCGUGUGAAUGUAAGGUGGGGGGCAUGCACGGGGCUAACACAAGUAUAAAUACUGUAGGGAGGGAACUGCAACCCCGUGUAACCGGUCCUAAAGUGUGCUUUGCGACCUUGAUACCGUACAUGCCCAAUACUACCGUAUGUGAGCCCUGCAAACGAUGCACAAGGAGCAAGCGAUCAAGUUAAAGCCUUUGAGGCAUGUGCGUGCGCAUGUGUAUAUGGUGUAUGUAUAUUGUUUGCUGGUGUUUGUAAACGAGAUCCAUGGGACCCAUUCAGGCGCGCGUGGAAAGGGGGUGUUGUCAGUGGGGUAGUCGGCAUGCGGCGAGUGCUGGUACGUGCAAACCGCAGGGCAGCAGCGGCUUGCUGUGUCUGGAAACGGGCGGGUUUAGGUCUUGUUGUAGCCGUGUGGUUGCACCUAUUUUGUAAUAGGUGCCGGCGCGCAGGGUUAGACCUGCCGGUGUCUGGUUUGCGGUCUUUGCUGGCGAGCAUAGCAUUGCAUGUAUGUGGUUAUGCUGUGCCUGCUGUGCUUGUGCUUGACAGCGGGACGCAUCUGGACACGUGCCGGGCGGUGCCUGUACCAACCGGCCCCCGUAUGUUGGGGAAAUGAGGUAGACGCUUGCAACCUCAGACUGGAGACGUGGCGUGGGCUCAGCCCACUGGGUUGAGUGCCUGUACAAAGCGACUCCCGGCUCCAGCCUUGCCUGGCUGGGAGAUGAGGCGUGUCAAAACCUUUGGCCGCAGACUGGUGCACGUGGUUUGGGGUCAGCUACAUACUCCCUUACGAAGGAGCGGCGGCCUACCUGGUCAUGCCACAGCAUGGCGUGUAUGGUGCGUGCGCGUGCGUGGCGGUGCAUGGUCGGCUCAUCUGGUGGACAUUUUGCGGGCGGUGCAUUGGCGCCGGAGGUGUGGGGCAGGGGUUGUCUGGCAGUGUCUGGAGCGGGCCCUACCUGUCGCCUCGAGUCUGUCCUGGACAAACAGACGUUCGCACGUGUUAAGUAGCAAUGCAGA